AUGAAGACUUUUACUGUUGCCAUUACUUCUUUCCUGGCAGUUGCCGGCCUUGUCACAGCAAUCCCUAUGCCUCAGGGCAUGUAUCCCUUGAAGCUGCUCUCCUACGUCGGCUUAGUGGGUCAGGCUACCACAAGUCUUAAUCAAGGGCUUAGCCAAGCCGGACCUGUUGCUGCAGCUAAUGCUGGACAAUCUAUGGCUGAUCCGGGGAACGCAGCUGAGACGGCAGCGAAUGUGCUUGCUGGAGCUGGUAAUACCUUCAACGAAUCUCCAGGCGCUGCCCCUGCUCAAAACAAUGCGCCGCAGUUACAAAGCACAGUAAAUGCAGCGGGGGGAACUAUCGGGACUCUAGUCGGAAGCAUAAGGAAGUAA